CAGAGAACUGGAUGAUAGGAGCAGAAUGGGUAGCCAGUCUAUAUCAGAUGAUCUGGGCAAGUUCAUCAUAUGGAUCUUGAAUACUACUCCAUAACCAAGCUAGCUAGCAUUAGUAGAGGCCGGAUAGGAAAAACACAGGCGUGAGUCUAAGAUAUUAAAAGAAAAACCAGUGAAAGGAGGAAGAGAUGACGAGCUCAUCGCCUGUACUAGCGUCGGCUUGUCCGAGGAGGGAAGAAGCCACGGUAUCAGGUUGAGAGAUGCAGACCGCGGCAAAGGCUGAUCGGCUGACUCGGAGCCUGGCGGCUCCCUUCCUGGCUGUGAACCGCGGCGUGUUCGUCUUCGUCGCCGCGAUUGUCGCCGGCGCUCUCGUCUCCGCCUACUGGAUAUCUGCCAGCACCAGAGUUGUUCCAAUCAUUCCUAGCGCCACUAGAGCCGUCGAUCAGAACGCUGCAAGGAGUCCGGAGCCGGCGCCGAGUUCGGCACGCUUCACCAGUCUAGGCGCAAACCGGACAGCGUCCGAACCUGCCGGUUUGGCGCCUCUUCCUCGGAGACAGCCACCAGCUCCGGCCUGCCCGGCCUACUUCCGGUGGAUCCACGAGGACCUACGGCCAUGGCGAGCUACGGGGAUCACGCGCGAGACGUUGGACGGCGCCCACCGAUACGGGCCCAAGUUCCGGGUCACGGUGAUCGCCGGGCGCCUCUACGUGGCGCGCUACGGCCGGUGCUUCCAGACGCGCGCCGUGUUCACGCAGUGGGGCAUCCUGCAGCUGCUCCGCCGCCACGUCGGCCGCGUCCCCGACCUCGACCUCAUGUUCGACUGCCAGGACCUGCCGGUCGUGAACGCCGGCGACCACGCGCCGCCGCCGCUGUUCCGGUACUGCGGCAGCGAGCCCACGCUGGACAUCGCCUUCCCUGACUGGUCCUUCUGGGGCUGGCCGGAGCUUAACAUAAAGCCAUGGGACGCACUGAGUCGGGAGAUCGGUGAAGGGAAUGCCGCUCUGCACUGGACGCGCAGAGCGCCGUACGCGUUCUGGAAGGGUAACCCGACGGUGGGCACGGUGCGCUGGGAGCUCCUCAAAUGCAAUGUGUCCCGCGAGCGCGACUGGAAGGCGCGGAUCUAUGCGCAGGACUGGAGGGAGCAGGUACGAGACGGGUUCAGGGAAUCGGACUUGGCCAAGCAAUGCACACACAGGUACAAGAUCUACGCGGAAGGACGCGGGUGGUCGGUGAGCGAGAAGUACAUUCUGGCGUGCGACUCCGUGGCGCUGGUGGUGCGGCCGAGGUUCCACGACUUCUUCUCCAGGGGCCUCCUGCCGCUGCUGCACUACUGGCCCGUCCGCGACCGCGGCCAGUGCCGGUCCAUCGAGUUCGCCGUCGACUGGGGCAACUCUCACCCGGACAAGGCGCAGGAAAUAGGAGGAAACGCGAGCAAGUUCAUGCAGGAGGAGCUGACGAUGGACCAUGUCUAUGACUACAUGUUUCAUCUUCUAAGCGAAUACGCUAAACUACUGCGAUACAAGCCAUCGGUACCCGACGGGGCCGUCGAGGUCACCGUGGAGUCCAUGACUCAUGGAAGGCGAGGACUGGAGAGGGAAUUCAUGGUGGAUACGAUGGUGAACGUGCCGGGCAGUGCAGCCCCUUGCGAGCUGCCAUCGCCCUUCAGUGCCGACGAGCUGGAGACGCUGAGGAGGAGGAAAGCCGACGCGGUGAGGCAGGUGGAGACGUGGGAGGAGGCGGUGACGAACUGAAGAAAGGAGAAAGGACGGGUUUUGGCAUGCGCACUGGAUCGAACUUUCUGACAUCGGAGUGAUGAUGGCAGGGAAACACGAUGAGGACCGUAACAGGGAAAUGCAGAGUGCACAAUGCACCAGCGAUCUGCUACAGCAGCAGGCUUCACCGUUCACCGUGAACGUGCUAGCAACGGAUUGUGCUAGUGCUGAAAACACUCUGCUUCUCUUCCCAUGUGGCAACGGCAGACUUAGAGCAUCUCCACUCA